CUUGUUUCUGCCUAACACGCUUUUAACAACUUAUUAUUUACGCAUUUAUAUCAAUACUACGCUUUAUAUUUAAAGUUUUAUCAUGCACUUUAGCAAAACUGUCUUUGCCGCUGUUCUCGCCGUUCUUAGCACGGUUGUCUCUGCAUGGCCCAUUGCGCAUGUUUUUCCGGCGUCAGACAAGCUGCCGUUGACUUGGGCUGAAGUGAGAUCCCAGUCCGACGUGGGAAUUUUGCGCGCCUCUGGGAGCAUGGCCAUGGCUGCAAAUGUGGGCGACUCAUAUGUUUCGUUUUCCGGCGGUAUGGUCAGUAUGCGUAUUCCGGCCGAAUCUGUUACAAAGCUGGCAGCUGCCAGCGGUGGCGCCUCUGCUGUCAGACUAGCCAUCAUUGCUCCCGAGGCAUCUAGCCCAGCAACUGUUGGCCAGUGGGCGCUAGACAGUGUUGCUUUUGUGUUUGGUUUGACAGAUCCUGCUGUUAACAGCGCCAACAACACCAGUAGCAUCAUUGAGGCUGUAAUGGAUGUAGCUGCCACCAGCAGUGCUAAAAGCCCCAUCAGUGUCAAAAGCACCAGCAGCAUCGAGGCUGCAGCGGCUGCGACGACCGCUACCAACGACAACACCUCUAUCAGCAUGCUGCCAUUAUCAGUGCAAAACUCCACAUUGCUCAUAUUUCUGGUGCUGGCCGCCAAUGUACUGGCGCUUAACCACGGGCACACAUCAGUACUUCUUGAACGUGGUACCAUUUUUGUGCGAAACCGCGCCCAAGUUCAUCGCAGAGCACUGGAUAAACACACUGGCUUUCUAGCCAGGCGCAACCAGCUUAUAUUGGGCAAGCAAGAAACAAACGCCGAAAAGGCAGAAUACAACCCGACUACCACAUUGUUCUACGCUGGCUAUGUCACACUGGGCACACCACCACAACGAUUUUUAGUCAAUUUGACAGUGGCUCUGCAGAUCUCUGGGUUCCCAGCUCACAUGCACCAGUGCCACAUGCCGGUCACACCGCCAUUUUGA